CAGCUAUCGCCUCGUUCACUCCAGACGGAAAACGGCUCCUCUCGCUUCCAUCCAAAUUCCAGAAUGACAUCCACUUCUUUGUCUCUCCGUUCUCCGGCCUCCUUCCCCUUCCCGUCGGCCACCGGAGCCUGCGGCCACGUCCGCUGGGCCCAACCGCUGCCCCCCAAACUCUUCCGCUCUUCGCUUCCGCCGGCCGCCACCCCCGCAAUAUCGCGCAGGAUCCUCGUACCGGCAGCUGCUGGCAUUUGGGACCUCCUCUCCGGCGGAGCUGGCGGCGCAGCCGCCGCUACUCUCGCCGUCCGUCGAGGCAUGCAGCUCUUCAAGCAGGGAGAUGUGGCUGGGUCAGUGGCGGAGUUCGAUCGAGCGAUUGAGUUGGAUCCACGGCAGAAAGCAUAUCUCUGGCAGAGGGGCCUUUCGUUGUAUUACCUAGACAGGUUCGAAGACGCCGCGGAGCAGUUCAGGCUGGAUGUUGCUCAAAACCCCAAUGACACCGAGGAGUCGAUAUGGUGCUUUCUGUGUGAAGCUCAGCUGUAUGGGGUAGAGGAAGCAAGGAAGCGCUUCUUGGAGGUUGGUUUAGAUCGAAGACCUGUAAUGCGUGAGGCUUAUGCCUUGUUCAAAGAUGGCGGGGACCCUGAGAAGUUAGCUUCAAACUUUUCUAGUAGUUCUAAUGGCGAACUCUUUUAUGCAUCAUUAUAUGCUGGACUUUACUAUGAAUCUCAGAGGAAUGCAGAUUUGGCAAAAUCUCAUAUUGUUGCUGCAUGCAAGUCACCUUAUGGAUCAAGGUCUGGUGAUUACAUGGCUUUCCUCGCAUCGGUUCACUGUCAGUGUCGCAACUGGACUCUUGAGGGAUAGGAAUCUUGACAUAGUCAUAAAGAUGAUUUAAUCAUUGCCAUUGGAUUGGAGUCAGCAAAUAGACAGCACCUUAGGUCUAUUCUUCCAUGGCACAAAAUGUGGGGAUAUACGGUAUUCAAGUUAUGUCUUGCCAGGGACCAAGUACUAACACUAUUGCUUGCUUGAAGAAAAACAUGAGAAAAUACAAAAUGAUUAACUGCUGGAAAGGAACCAAGACUACUGUUUUGUUGCACGACGUUCCAUGAAACACGAUUGUAUCACUUUUCAACAAUUUCUCUGUUAUCCUUGAUAGAGUCUAAUAUCUGAACUGAAUUGUACAUCUUUUCUUAUUUGGAAGGCUAUCUAAAUUACGACAAGAGAUUUUCGUGUGAUGUUUGUUCAUAUGCUGAUAAUUGCACACGACUCUAAAUUAUGACAAAAGAUUUUGUGUGUGGUUGAUUUUCA